AUUUUAAAAAAACAGUCUAAUAAAAUAACAUUAAGAAAAGAAGAAAGGAAGGACAAUCUCUUGCAGAGAGAAUGGGUCUCAUACAUUCUAAACAGUUUAAAGCGGAACAAGCCCAUAUUCUAAUGCUUGGGCUUGAUUCAGCAGGGAAAUCUACACUUUUGUACAAGCUAAAAUUUGACGAUGUCUUCCUAACUUCGCCAACUGUUGGCUUCAAUGUGGAGAUGAUUGAAACAAGAGAAAACAUCGCCAUAACCCUCUGGGAUGUUGGUGGCCAGCACAAAAUGAGGACCGCUUGGAGCAGCUAUUUGGAAAACAUACAUAGCCUGGUCUAUGUUGUGGAUAGUAGCGACAAGUGGCGCUUGGAAGAAUCAAAAAAAGAACUGGAGGUGAUUUUGAAGAAUGACAAGACAAAGAACGUGCCUCUGGUUGUAUUAGCAAACAAGCAGGAUAUUCCUGGAGCUUUGGAUGCGGAGGAAAUAACUAAGAGACUCAACAUAAAGAAGCAUUGCCAUGAUCGAAACUGGUAUGUACAGCCCUGUUGUGCAAUUACAGGGGACGGUCUGUUAGAAGCAAUGAAGAAAGUGACAUCAUUUGCAAAAGCCCACAUGAAAUCACAACAAGAAGCUUUUGCUAUUUUCAGGCAAAAUUAACAUAACCUAAUCUGACCCAGGCAAUCAACUGUGCAGAGUUGGCCAGGACUGGAAAUCAGCCUUU